CGGAGGCUGGGACCCAUCCCAUGCUGGGAAGGUAUGGCCUAUCCCACCUGACCGAACCGCCCGGCUUCGUACCGACACAGAACAAUAGAGCUGGUUGGGCCCGAAUAAUUGCCGGACCCGAAAAUUGCUCUCGCUCCGUGUAGUUCUUGGCGAGUGGCACGGACGGGUAGACGGGCGCUCGACAUGGCUUCUGUCGCUCAGUUGACGCAGACUCUAUCAGACGACCUUUUGCAAUGCGGGAUCUGUAAGAAGGACUUUAACAGGCCCAAGCUAUUGCCUUGCCUUCACUCAUUCUGUGAAAACUGCCUAGUGAAACACUUAGACGAGUCCCCCAGCCAUGGAGAAGAGUACGAGGAGGUGCCGGCAAGUCUGAAGUGCCCGAUCUGUACGACGGUUGUGCCCGUUCCUGACGGAGAGAACCACCUGCAGUGGCUGAAGGAUAACCACUUCAUCGUGUCGCUCGCCAACAGCGUGGAGAUCCAGAAGAGGCUGAUAAAAUCUGACGUGGUGUGUAACGUGUGCGACGGCGGACAGAAGGCCACGGCCCGAUGUCUCCACUGCGAGGAGUUCCUGUGCGCCGAGUGUGUGUCCGCUCACCAGAGAGUCAAGCUCACACGAGACCAUCAGGUAAAAACCCUGGAAGAGUUGAAGGGCGGGAAAACCCAUGACGUGAAGACGCACACCACCGCCCCCUGCCGGAUCCACAAGUACGAGCCGCUGAAGUUCUACUGCCAGUCCUGCCGCACCCUCAUCUGUAGGGACUGCUCAGCGUUCGACCAUCGAGAUCAUCAGUAUGACUACCUGACGGACAUGGUGGAUAGAAUCAAGGACUGCUUCAAGGAUCUCAUUCAGAGGAGCGAGGAGAAGCUGAACAACUUCCAGGAGUCCAGCAAGAACCUGGACGAUACCGAGCUGGAGGUGAGUAAGAAGGCGUCCACAGCUGAUGAGGAAAUCGAUGCAGCAACAGACAAACUCAAGAAGGAGCUGUGUGAUUACCUGGACGAGAAGGGACUCAAACUGAAACAGAAAGUUCGUGAGGUACACGACACCCGGCAAAGAAAUCUGUCCGAUCAGAAGGACUCCGUCAGACAGAGUAUCGCAGACCUGAGCAGUGCGGCUGGGUACGCCCACAGGAUACUCAUGCUCGGCUCCAACUUUGAGCUCAUGGACAUCAGCAAGGAGGUCAUUGACCGGCUGCAGUCUCUCCUGGUGAAGUCCCUGCCCAAGAUUGCAGACGACAUUUCCAAAUUUGAUUUCACAGCGUCGGAUCCAAGGUUCUAUGGUCUUGACAUCGGGCGAGUUGUCACGGACACACCCAAGAAACGCCUGAGCAGAGGGGAGUCGCUAGACUCUGGGGUUGGGAACGACAGCAUCUUCAGUUCCACUCCUCCAAUCCCCGAAGUCGACGAGAAUCCGCCAGUUCCCAACGGCCCCGUGCUGACCAACGGGCCGGCUAGCCCAGACACCACCGGGAGGAGAACGAGCUCUACCGGCUCCGUGUUUCACACCACAACCACAGGGGAGGAGAAGAGUUCCGCCACUACCAACGGGACAGCGACUCCUCCAGGUCAAGGCCAGACCAAGACAUCGCCAGAACCGACAAAACCGGCGGGGACAACCAAGCUAGGGGAAAGAAGGUCUUUUUCGACGAGUAACACCUCGGUUCCCCCCAUGGGGUAUGGUUUCAAGUCUACUCCCAUCAACAGGAGUAAAUCCUCAAGCUCCAUGGAAACAGGAACGACAAGGAAAAGUUUCAUGAAUGGAAUGGGGGCUCCGGGAAAGAAAGCCCCAGCGUGUGUGAAGAUGAUGCCGUGUGGCCACCUGUGUGGAGGGGACCACGAGCCUGGUGAGGAUGACUGCUCCUGCAGCCAGCUGGCCGCCUACCGCCUGAAGUGUGGCCACGUCGAGCGGACCUACUGCGACGCCGAGACCGCCUUCUGCCGAAAAUGCGCCGACUUCGUCAAGAAAGUUGGAAAAGCUGGCUGAUUGAGACUAUUUAGAAUGUUACAUGUUUCGGAGUAAAGUUCAGUUAACUCUUCCACAUUUGUUUAUAGUAACCAGAGUUGGACAAGUCCACUAGCCCUAUUGUCCAGGACAAGUGAAAAUGAUCGGGCAAGUAAGAUUUUUCCAUUGAGUGAGAUUUUGACAUAAUUGUUACUGUUUACAGUUAUGACAUUAAGCAAUGUUCCAACAUAGAAAAAUAUAGUCAAUGAUAAGAAUUCCGUUGCUAGAAGUGAAAAUGCAUAUAAAAAUGGCAUUUGAAUUUGGGGCAAGUGAAAAAUUGGUUCGGGCAAGUAAAUUUGUAUAUGCUUGCCCGAAAGGACAAAUGAAUUUUAGAUAACUUGUUCAACCCUAGGAACAACAUGGUCUCCUUUUACCUAGACCUCUAUCUUCCGUCAUCAAUUCUUUGAAAUAUUAUGUGCAAGCGUCAUCAGUUCUUUCUUGGUUUUGUUGUCAAUACCUUACAUGUAUUAUGUAUUUUACAAUUGCGGUAUAUUCUGUACGUGUAUGGUUCCUUACUCGCUUUUGUGGCCACAAACAUUUAUUCCAGUAUUACUGAAAAAAAAAACUUCUUGAAAUGGUAUCCGGUAUACUGAUUAUAUCUACAUGUAAGAUCGUCUUCAACGCUUCAACAUUAAGCAAUUGGAAACGCAUUGUUUCCGUUGCUUUGCUCUAUAUUCGCACUUGUUGUUUGUGUCAUAAGCUAUUGGAUGCCACUAAUAAUAUAACCUACACACUGCAAUCUUAUGCCAGAAUCUUAGCGUAUAUUACCACUGUGAUCGUAAUGUAUUACCAUAGAAAGAAUCCAGGAUGGAAAAUUGAAUCAUCGCUGCUUUUAGGAUUUAAAUAAAAAUGAUUAAGUAAUGUAAUCUAAAAUACUGCGUAGAGUGAUAUAAGAUUUAAGAAAUGCUGCUUUUAAUGCAAGGAAACGAUGAAACAUCGUAGACAAAGAAUUUCAUUUUCAAGAAUGGGUCUUUAUUCCAACUGACAGUUUGUUCACGUUCCUGUUCCUGAGUACAUACAAGUCAAUAUUUGAUAAGGGCUGCAAUAGAGGUACCAGUAAGUAUAUGUAAAAUGGUUUCAAAGCGAUUUUUUUAAAUUCAUAAAUUCAUUUCCAUUAGAACUAUAUUUGCUGUUGCCUUGUAUCUACUGUAUUAUUGUAGUAACUACACGUAUAUGAGGUACAACCAUAUUUGGUGUAAGUAAUUUUUAUAGUAGCAGUUACACGUCAUAUAGAAUGUCGUACUAAUCGCUUUCAGACAUCACCUAAUAAGAUAGAUACCAUGCUGCUGCUAGUGUUAUCUCUUGUCAAACUUGUUUUGAGUAAUGCGUUAGACGCUUACGAGGUGUGUGCAAUCAAACUUACCCUGUGCUUUGUAUUGGGGAUAAAGAAAAUGGCUAUUUGACUGGAAUAUCAUAUGAUUGUAAAGUUCCCUGCUAUUGCUAUAUGAAAUGUUCAUGAAUGUCGAUUACAUCAAGAAAUUUCUUCCAGUUG